CAACAUCAACAACAACCAAAACAUUGUCAGAAAAAUUAAAAUCAUUAAAAAUGAUUAAAAUAGCCAAUGGCUUUUGUGAUUUGUGUGUGCCAUACAAUGAGGAUAAGGAAGUGAUGUUGGAUGUAUUCAAAGAGUUGAAAGAAGCUGGAUAUCGAAAUGUUGCUGUCGAGCAAACAUACAGUCACGAAUCUUUAAACUCGAAAAAUGGCAAUGAUUUAAUUCCAGAGCCAGUAAAACUAGAUGAAUAUAAGGAACAGCUGAAAAAUAAACUGAAUUUAUUCAAUCGUCUUACAAUUGAGUAUUCAGAUCCAUCAGUCAGUCAUGCCUGCAAUAGAUCACAGAAUUUCAAGAAAUAUCACUUGAUUGCAGCACUUCCAACAACAGAAACGGCACUUCAGCACAGUUGUCAACUAUUCCUAGGCGAUAUAAUCACAUACAAUGCAGACACAGUUAAAAUUCGACUGUCUAGAAAGUUUUAUUAUCUCGCAAUAAGAAGGAACAUGUUUUUUGAGCUUAAAUACUCGCCUGCAAUAACUGAUGCAAGUGAGAGACGUGCCACAAUAUCAAGAGCACAACAAUAUCACAUGAUUGGCAAAUCUCGAGGAAUCAUUUUGACAAGUGAGGCAAAAGAUCCAUUUCAUAUAAGAAAUCCAUACGAUGUUGCAUGUCUAGGCUAUAUAUUUGGACUGAGUGAAGAACAAGGACGUGCAGCAGUAUCAACUUUAGGUAGAAAAGUUUUAUUAGCAGCUGAAAGUCGACGUCUUGGUAAGACACCAGUUUUAAUGAAAUAUGAUGACGUUAAUUCAUCCAGUUCGGACGAAAAGGAAGAUACUAGUGAUGAAGAGGACAUGGAUGUUGAUGAGCAGUCAUCGCAAGAUAAUCUUAAAAGAAAAGAAACUUCUUGUAAUAAAAAGGAUAAUAAAAGAAUUAAAAUUUCAUAAUUAAGACA